AUGUUCCUAAUGACCAAAGACCUGCUCCUGAAGGCCAGCGACAACUCCAGCGAGGCCUCCGAGUCGUCGCGCGAGCUGAUGAGGACGCAGUACGAGUGGGUCUUCCUCAACAUGAACGUGACCGCCUACAACGCCAGCGUCGACAGCGACCAGGACAAGAUCGUCUACACGAUCACCAUGAGGAGAAAACCCAUCCUCUACAUCGUCAACUUCGUGUUGCCCGUCCUGUUCUUCCUGGGUCUGGACUUGGCCUCCUUCCUGAUCUCGGACAGGGCCGGGGAGAAGCUGAGCUUCAAGAUCACGGUGCUGUUGGCCGUCACCGUGCUGCAGCUCAUUCUCAACGAAAUCCUGCCGUCCUCCACCAACAGGAUCCCGCUCAUCGGCGUCUACUGCAUCGGGAUCUUUGCUCUGAUGCUGCUCAGCCUCUUGGAGACCAUCUGUGUGAUGCGCCUGAUGCAGAUAGACAACAAAAGCGACAACCACGCAGACGGGGAGGAAAACGGCGGCUUUAGCAAACACGCUAACUUUUAUAACGGAGGUGUGCAGGACUGCGGAGGCAUCUACUCCAUGUCUGCCAGCGAGGCUCUGAACGCCACCUUACCCGGAGCCAGAGAGAGUCAGAGCGGCGUGCUGUGCCAGACGCUGGAGAAGCUGUCGGACGAGCUGAAGGCCAUGGAGAGAACGCUGAGGCUGCUGCACGGCGGCCACAAGGAGGAGUUGGGAUACUGGAGCCGACUGGCCAGAAAUAUCAACAGGGUCUUCUUCAUCUUCUACGUGACUCUGGUCGUCCUCUUUUUAACGCUGCUCUUUACCAAAUGGACCAGUGACUAAGGAUGUUUGUACGCCGAGCUUCUUCACUAGCAGCAGAACAUAUAAAGCAGGGGUCACCAACGCGGUGCCCGCGGGCACCAGGUAGCCCGUAAGGACCAGAUGAGUAGCCCGCUGGCCUGUUCUAAAAAUAGCUCAAAUAGCAGCACUUACCAGUGAGCUGACUCUAUUUUUUAAAUUGUAUUUAUUUACUAGCAAGCUGGUCUCGCUUUGCUGGACAUUUUUAAUUCUAAGAGAGACAAAACUCAAAUAGAAUUUGAAAAUCCAAGAAAAUAUUUUUAAAGACUUGGUCUUCACUUGUUUAAAUAAAUUCAUUCAUUUUUUUACUUUGCUUCUUAUAACUUUCAGAAAGACAAUUUUAGAGAAAAAAAUACAACCUUAAAAAUGAUUUUAGGAUUUUUAAACACAUAUACCUUUUUACCUUUUAAAUUCCUUCCUCUUC